CUUACGAAGACUGUCUCAAGGGGUAGCUUAGGCAUCGAUUAAAUAAAGAGCAGCAUAAUAAGCAUCCCUCCCAAUUCUUCCGACACAGACCUAAACACAAAAUCGAAUCACUCCUCCCUUAUUUAUAAAAUCCCUUCCCACUCUCCGAUUCUCUAUUUUCUCGGAUUUGCUCGUUACCUAAAGACGAAUGGCUGAUCAAGGAUUGGAAGGGAGUUAAUUAACUGGACCUUAGCAAUCAUCCUUCCGGGAUUGUUCCUACUCUUCAUCAGUCAUUUGCAAGAUGCCACCAAGAAUUGCUGCAAUCCCGCUUGUAAGUUCGCAUCGUGAGCUCUACGAACCAUGUGAUGAUUCAUUUGCUCUAGUUGAUGCAUUACUAGCCGAUCGCACCCACCUGAUAGAGAACAACCCUAAGGUUUGUAUGGAGAUUGGAUGUGGAAGCGGGUAUGUCAUAACUUCACUUAUUCUUCUUCUCAAAAACGAAGUUCCUGGCGUUCAUUAUCUAGCCACCGAUACAAACCCGAUAGCUACAAGAGUAACAAAAGAAACUCUAGAAGCACAUGGAGUCCAUGCUGAUAUUGUCUGUGCGGAUAUAGCUUCUGGUCUAGAGAAGAGACUUGCUGGUUCAGUCGACGUGAUUGUGGUGAAUCCUCCUUAUGUGCCUACACCGGAUUAUGAAGUUGGAAUGGAAGGUAUUGCCUCUGCCUGGGCUGGAGGGGUCAAUGGCAGGACAGUUAUAGAUAAAAUCUUGCCUGUGGUUGAUAUUUUGCUUUCAGAGAAAGGUUGGUUCUACUUGGUGACAUUAACUUCAAAUUUCCCAGCAGAGAUUUGUCUGAUGAUGAGAAAAAAGGGUUAUGCAUCGAGAAUUGUGGUUCAGAGAUCAACGGAAGAGGAGAAUCUCCUAAUCCUUAAGUUCUGGAGAGACAAGGAUGAGGAGUGCCAGGACAAGGAAAUAUCAUCAUCAUUUGUUUCACAGUUUUCGAAAUCUAUAUCAUCCCUUAUGGAGAAACAAUGGCGAUGACACUGCAAUGGUUUCCUUUCAUAAGCAUUAUUUGUUAUGAGGUGGUUGUAAACAAAUCACCGUGAUUUGUUUCAGUGGGUUAUAGCCUUAUAGGUAAAGUCAACUGAAUGAGAUAAAGUCAAACUCUUCCUACUGUUAUAUUAUCUUCACUAUUUACU